AUGGAUAAAGAAGAAAUAAAUUGUACGUUUGCAAUAGUAGGUGGAGGUAUAGCAGGAGUAUCCUGUGCUAAAAGUAUAGCCUUUCUUGUUCCGGAGGAAAAAAUCAUCCUAAUUACAGCAAGUCCCUUAAUAAAAGCAGUUACAAAUAUAGUUCCACUUAGUAAAACAUUAAUGCAGUUUGAUAUUGAAGAAAAGGACACAGCAGUUUUGAUGGAAGCACAUGAUUCAUUAAAAGUUAUUAAUGAUUUUGUAAUACAAAUAGAUAGCUUAAAUAAACAAGUGCAAACUAGAAAUGGAAGAAUUAUAAACUAUAAAAUGUUAUGUCUUUGUAAUGGUGCUAGACCAAAACUGAUAGAAGAACAUAAUAAUUUUAUACUAGGGAUAAGAGAUACAGAAUCAGUUCUACAAUUUUCUCAAAAAAUAAAAAAUUCAAGAAGAAUUGUAAUAGUUGGAAAUGGAGGUAUUGCUACUGAACUUGUGAAUGAAGUAGAUGGUGUUGAAAUGAUAUGGGUAAUUAAAGAUAAACAUAUUUCUGCAACAUUUGUUGAUCCUGGGGCUGCAGAAUUUUUUAUGGACAAGGUAUACAAAACUGAUCCAUAUACAAAUACUAAUGCUAGUUCAUUUACUAAAAGAAUGAGAUACACUGUCACUAAUACAUCAGUUGUAACAGGUGGACCAGCUCUAGGUCCAGAUUGGCAUAAUAAUUUUGAUGUAAAAGGUGCUUUCCUUAAAUCUGCAAAAGUACAAAUAGAAUAUGAAUGUGAGAUCAUUAAAAUUCUUAAUAAAUCAGAACAAAAGGAAGUUGAUCCCAUGGAAGAAUGGUCCAUAUAUGUUGAAUUAACAAAUGGAAAAGUUAUUGGCUGUGACUUUGUUGUAUCAGCAACAGGUGUAAUACCAAAUUCUGAUAUAGUAGGUUUGGAGGAUAUAAAAAAAAGUGAAGAUGGGGGGCUGCUGGUAGAUUGGAAAUUGGAAACUUCAAAACAGGAUAUAUAUGCCGCUGGAGAUGUGUGUAGUGCAGGAUGGGAAUUAGCAAAACAUUGGUUUCAAAUGAGGCUGUGGACUCAAGCACAUCAAAUGGGACGGUAUGCGGCAAAAUCAAUGGUUUCUAAAUUAAAAAAUGAAGAAUUUUUGCAAGAUUUCUGUUUUGAACUUUUCACCCACGUAACUAAGUUUUUUGGUUACAAAGUAGUUUUACUUGGUUUGUAUAAUGGACAAAAGUUGGAUAACAAUUAUGAGAUAUUGUUACGAAUGACCAAGGGAACAGAAUACAUAAAACUUAUCCUAGAAAAUGGUAAAAUGCAAGGAGCAGUAUUAAUUGGAGACACUGAUUUAGAAGAAAUGUGCGAAAACUUAAUACUUAAUCAAUUGGAUUUAAGUAUUUAUGGAGAAGAUUUACUAAAUCCUGAUAUUGAUAUUGAAGAUUAUUUUGAUUAACCAUAUCUAGGAAUUCAACUUUACAACAAAUUUAUGUGAUCGUGAGGAAAACCCGUGAAAAACAUGCACUCUUGAGAGGCAGAUAGGAAAAGGAAGCAAAACCAAAGUAAAAUAGUUUCCUCCAACAUGAUUCAUAAGCGUCAAGCUGAAAAACGAGCACAGGAGGGAAAAAGAGGAACAAAAGUGAAAAACAGAAACAAGACCAACAACCGCAUCCUUUCAAGUCAUCGAACCAACCAAUCCAAUAACUAACCAGUGUAAAGGCCUAACCAGUGGUCCAUCCAACAUGAUAUCCAAAUGUUCGGAAAAGUUCUGACAACCUGAAUUUUUUCCGAUACGAACAAGUCCUGGAGGAAUGAGAUACAAGAGCGUACCAGAUAACAUAGGAUCGGCCGCGAGAUUUAUGAGACAAGGUUGCUUAUCUUUCUCACGAAAAUCGAGUUCAAUAGCGAUACCACAACGACUAAUCGCAAGUUGUUCUUCAGUCUUCUUUAGCUGGUGCCUUAAUUUAUCAAUUUCUUGUUGUUUCUGCUUAAUUUCAUCGUUAUUUUGGUUAACCGGUGGGACAGAAUCGAGAAGACGACGUGGAAGAAUACCAAGUUGCUUUUCGUAUCCUUCACGUACACCGCGCAAUCGCAAUACUUCCGCUUUCAAUUCCCUAAGAGAGAGAUCACAAUUAUAUUUAAAAUUAAAAGCUUUAGGUUAGACUUGUUGCAAACUGGAAAAACUGUAUCGAUAAUAUUUAAUGAUAUUCUUUUGUUUAUCUGUUCCGAAGUGGAAGACUUCUUUUAUACACGAACUUUCGAUUUAUUAUAUUUAUAUUGGGAGAAAAUCUGUUAUAUUUUAUUGAAUGUAAUAAUGAAUUAUUAAUUGUCCAUUCAUAAAGAAUAUAUUACCGAAUUAAUUUCUCA